UUCGCUGAUCUUGAAAAAAAACUGAAUGCGAAAAAAAACACGGCGAGUGAUCGAUCGGGCUGGGUACUGCUUGGAUAAUGGGGCGUCGUUGAUAUUUUUGAUAUUUACACUUGUGGAUACCUGCUGCCCUGCUUUUGUGUGACCUGCCCUGACCUGCUGAGACGAUGACGCUGGAGGCGAUCCGCUACUCGCGCGGCCGGCUGGAGGUGCUGGACCAGCUGCUGCUGCCUCAUCAGACCGUCUACAUACCUGUCCCUGAUGCUGACGCCGGAUGGACCGUCAUCAAUAAGAUGCAGGUGCGUGGCGCGCCCGCCAUUGCCAUUGUGGGCUGCCUGAGUCUGGCGGUGGAGCUCACCACCGGCCGGCAGUUCGAGACGUCCGCGGCGCUGUUGGAGCACGUGCGGCAGAGACUGGCGCACCUGAUCACCUCUCGGCCGACGGCAGUCAACCUGAAGAAGGCGGCUGUCACACUGAUCGAGCUGGCGGAGAGCACAGAGAGCGAGGGCGGAGGAGUGGAAAAACUGAGGGACAGCGUGGUGUCUGCCUGCGAGGCGAUGCUGGCCGCUGACGUGGCCGAUAAUCGGGCGAUCGGUGAACACGGCGCGGCGGCGCUGCUGAGCUCGGCGGCCGCCGGCAGCCCCGUGUCCGUCCUCACCCACUGCAACACGGGAUCACUGGCUACGGCCGGGCACGGCACGGCGCUGGGCGUCAUCCGCUCCCUGCACGCCGCCGGCAGACUCGGCAGGGCGUACUGCACCGAGACGCGGCCGUACAUGCAGGGCGCGCGGCUCACCAGCUACGAGCUCGUGCACGACGCGAUCCCCGCCACGCUGGUGUGCGACUCGGCCGUGUCGGCGCUGCUGCGAACGGGCCGCGUCCAGGCGGUGGUGGUGGGCGCCGACCGGGUGGCGGCCAACGGGGACACGGCCAACAAAAUCGGCACCUACCAGCUGGCGAUCGCGGCCGCUCACCACUCUGUACCGUUCUAUAUUGCGGCGCCGGCCACCUCCAUCGACCUGGGACUGCCCAGCGGAGACCAGAUCCCCAUCGAGGAGCGGCCCGCCGACGAAAUGCUGCAGCUGGCCGGCCAGCGCGUGGCGGCCCAGGGUAUUGAGGUGUGGAACCCGGCGUUCGACGUCACGCCGGCCAGUCUGAUCACGGGCGGUAUCAUCACCGAGAAGGGCGUCCUUCCGGCCGGAGAGGUCAGCCGCAUCGCCACACUGUAGCGCGGGCUGGAGAGCGGGCAGAGGUCACCAUGUGUGUUGUCUGAUAGUUGAAGGAGUCAUUUUUGUACGAGCUCUGCGAUUGUGAAAAUCGUCGGGACGUGUCCAGUGGUUUGAAGUUUCGAUAUUAUUUUCGAAUCGGCUGUAAACGAAUCUCGCUUUGUAUCUCACGAGCUUGCCAUAUAUAUCAGGACCUCUUCAGUUGAUGAGCUCAGUUUUUUUUUUUUUGCUUGGUAGCUUGCAAGUAUGCCCACCUGGGCUGUUUAUAAGGGGGUUUGCUACCAACGUAACCCUAGUUUUAUAUAUAUUCGAUGUGGGGGUCAUGCUGCUUACUUGAUGCUUGGUUAACUGUAUCCAGCACAUUUCUGCAUACGCGUGUAGUUAUCAUUAGGUAGGCAUCUGAUUAUUGUUAACCCUAACAUAAUUGUCUUGGGAUUUGCAUCGUAAUUUUAGCCGGUGUUUUUCUCCUUUACAUUUUCCCUUUUUAGUCAAUUUCGUCAACAGGUGAUCUGACUACUGUUUUGUUUUGUGACAUACGUGCUACGAAGGCAAGGCCGGCGCUUUGAACAGUUAUAUGAAGAAAAGGCACAGCAUGUGAACACGCAAUUCGUCAAUACGCUUAAAGUGACCAUCCCACCUUAACAUUAGUUUUGAGUUGAGAUAGCCAAAUUGGUGGCCAUGGCCUGAAAAUACCGGUUUGGGCACUCACAACAUCGAAAAAUGCUUUAAUUCGGAGAUAUGGAAUUUCAAACUUGCAGUUUUCGGAUUCUAAGGGGCUAAUGCAUUGGUAUGCCCCCUUAGAAUUUGUGACGUCAGCGGAGGUCUAACAGUUUUUAAAUCUUUUACUAAAACGUUUGGAGCACGCGGUGGUAUAUGCUGCUUUGCGCGCAACAAAUGCCGCACUUUCAAAUAAAGUCGCUAGGAACAGCGGAGAUCCCAAAAAGUAAACAAAAGUAAAAGUCUAAUAUCUUGAAAACCGGUGAAUAUUUUUCGAUGAAAUUUGGUACAUAUUCGUUUUCGCUCUUUCUGAACCGAGCGACAUCACUUUCAUGCCAAUUCAUUAACUUUUUUGAAGGUGGGAGGGUCCCUUUAACCGACGGAACAUUGUGCGGACAAUACACGUGUCAAUCGAGACAUAAA